AUGUGGAGGUCUGUUGGAUUCUUGAUGUCUUUUGCGGUGGUGUUGGAGGGCAUGACGAUUGCAGCAUUCGCCAUACUUUUGGUGGGUGGUAAACAAAAGCGUGAACAAGGCUGGGGCGCCCUCACAAUUCUAGUGUCGCUGGCAGCAGCAGUUCAAGCCAUUGGUAUGGCUCUGAUGGCUUACUUGUUCGAGAAUGACGAACGGUUCUUCACUGGCUGGUAUCUCGACAAGAGUUGGACAAUGUGCACGGUUUCCUGGAGCAUCCAGGCUCUCUGUGCAAUUUGUAUCGCUCUCGCCGCGGUGGUCUUGCCCAGUGAAGGCGGGUAUGAGCUUAUACCCGACCAUGCUUGA